GGUAACGAUAUUCUAGAAGUAUAGAUUGCUGCAGUUUUUAGUUUUCAAGUGAUGAGACCGAGAUGAAGGUGAGCAAACUUAAUUUGUGUCUCUGUUUUACUUUCACUUUCUACUUUUACUUCAUAUAAACUGCAUUUCUUGUUACAAUCAAACUUUUCGAAAUGAUAAAAAUGAAAAACGAAAUCUAUGUUUUAUAAGUAAAAUGAAUACAAAUUAUCAUAUAGAGUGUAAUUUAUUUCCAUGAUUUCUCAAUUAAGUAAAAAACAGUAGAGAAAAAAUUGUAAAGAGGAGGGGUAGAUAUUGGCCUAUAUAGAAAUAUAUUUCAACUUUUAAACAUCAUAGAAAAUUUACAAGGCCCUUAUUUUUUAGGAAGUUUACAUAUUUCAAAACUAAGUUAUCAAUGUUUUUGUUUGUAUUAAGUGUCAGUAACCAGGGACUUGGUGAAUAUCUGCAUCUCUAUAAAAUAAUUAUCAUGGAUAUCACAGUGAUGGUUCGUAGUUGUCUCCCCUUGGGGGACCGACAGGGGAUUUUUUCACAGACAAUUUCCGAGGACAUGACAGUAGGUUACUUCAUCAGGAAGCUGUGCAAAGAAGAAGGAAUAAAAAUGCGGUCGUCCCUGACACUGAAGAAUUCCAGCGAGCAGGAUUUACGCUGGUCAGCAACGCUCCGAGAGGCUUACGUGAUGAGUGACGCAGAGCUCUCUCUGCACGACAGUGAUGAUGACGUUGAUCUUCAGACGAGGAUUAUGAACUGUAACAUGUGGCUAUACGUCGCGGUAGCCUGCUUUUUGGUGGGAGUCAUUGGAUUGGUGGUCGUCGUUGUCUUACACCACAAGGACCAGGAACCACAAUAUAGCUAUGGAGUUGUCCUGGAUGCCGGCUCUUCCCAUACCAAGCUGUUUGUUUACAAGUGGAGCAUCAAAUGUGACCAUGAAACUGCAUUAGCCAAUCAGAUUCAUUCCUGUCGAGUUUCAGGAGGUGGGAUAUCAAGUUAUGAGAAUGACCCCUCUGCACUGAGGCCUCCCCUGGAGGUGUGUCUUAGAGAGGCUGAGGGCGUGGUACCAGUUGACAAACAGAGUGUAACACCUGUGUAUUUAGGGGCAACAGCAGGGAUGAGGCUUAUCCAUGCUGUGAACUUUUCCGUGUCGGAUGCCAUUAUGGAUGUGGUCAGAAACACAAUCCAGUCCUCCAAGUUCCAGUUCACUCAACCCAAAACACAGGCCAGGAUCCUGACCGGGGCAGAGGAGGGACUCUACUCCUGGAUCACUGCCAACUACGUCUCUGGAAAGUUUGGAGUGAUUCCACCCUCAGAGGUGAAGACUUCUCGACACGUGCGGUCCCUGUUGGGGGCAGGGGAGGGAACUAUGGGAGCACUCGACAUGGGAGGAGCAUCCACACAAAUAACAUUCUACCCGGACUUGUCGGCACCAAUGCCAGAGAAUUACUCGGGAAACGCCGUCCUGUUUGAGAAAAACUACACAGUGUACACCCACAGUUACCUCUGCUAUGGUAUUAAUGAAUUCAGGCGGAAAUAUCAAGCUCUUCUGGUCAAGAGCCAAAACUUCAGUCUUGAUUUAACCAACCCUUGUGGACUGCAGGGAAAUACACUACAAGAAAAUUAUUCCAAUAUAUUUGAGGCACCUUGUACAAGAGAAUCAGCCCAGCACCCCAUCAGCAAGAACAGCACUUUCACUUUCACUGGGAGUGGCAAUAUUACGCAGUGUGUGGAGACUGUGCGUGAACUGUUUGGUUUUAACCAGACCUGCCCAUACAGCAGCUCCUGCUCAUUUAAUGGAACCUACCAACCAACCGUUCACGGACAGUUCUAUGCCUUUUCCAACUUUUACUUCGAAGCGAGCUUUCUGAAUCAGACAAAUUCCAACAGCCUGUCAGAAUACCAAACAGCACUGUCAAAGUUCUGUCACAUGACCUGGCAGCAGGCAAAAGACCAGUACACCCACACCCCACUGGAUUACCUCCCGUGGUAUUGUUUUGGAGGAACCUAUGUACAAAUCCUACUGACAGAGGCAUACAAGUUUGAUGCUAACACUUGGAAAACUCUACAUUUUGUUGAAGAGUUGAAUGGUACAGAGGUGGGUUGGAGUCUGGGGUUCAUGAUCGACUCGAGCUCUGAUUUACCGCCUGCUAAGAGGGACUUCUUCAUGACUAAUCUGACCUUUGCUCUAUUGAUUACGCUUUUCGUCCUGUUCAUACUCAUUUCCAUCGGCUUCGCUUGUCAUGCCGUCAAGUUCCAACGUCAGAAACAGAGAGGACAAUUUUACAAGAGAACAGACAGUUACGGGGCUAUACAAUGAAGCAAGGCUGAACUACGAAGUCAUGGAGUCAGUUAUGGGUUGUGCUUUAAGAAUUUGUGUGUGUGAGAGAGAGUAGGGUAGAGAGAGAGAGAGAGAGAGAGAGAGAGAGAGAGAGAGAGAGUAGGGAGUUUGUGUGUGUGUGUGUGUGAGAGAGAGAGAGAGAGCAUUAUUGAUUUCUGUGAUAUUUUGUUUUUGAUUUCAGAGGCAUCACAGAUAAAAAAAUUUAUUUGCAAAACCGAGUGAUGAAAAACAAGAAAUAAAACUGUCAAAGGUUUCUUG